CCUUCGCCUCCUCAGGCUCCCCCCCCAUCCCCUCCCAAGUCUCCACCCCCAUCAUCUCCAACUGCUCCACCCCCAUCGCCUCCGGUGGCAUCACCCCCACCAUCACCACCCGCAUCAUCACCACCUUCGCCACCAGCUUCCCCUCCUCCUGCUGCAUCUGCACCCCCACCAAAUGCGUCCCCACCGCCUCCAUCAAGAGGUUCCCCUCCUCCCCAAUCUUCCCCACCACCUCCAGCAGAAGCCUCACCUCCACCUACGUCCACCUCAGAUUCUCCACCUCCUCCAGCUGAUGUACCGCCACCUUCGGCCAAUUCUUCACCACCACCACCACGUUCGGCCAAUUCUUCACCACCACCACCACAGGGAAAAGCACCAGAAAAAUCCCCUCCAUCCCCCACUGGUACACCUCCUCCAUCUGGUUCUAAAUCUGCUCCUCCACCAGCUGAUAACUCCCCCCCUGAACCCACUUUGCAUUCACCACCUCCUUCAGUCCCUUCAUCUUCUUCUCCUCCUCUUAGUUCUCCAGCUCCACCUAGUAAUUCAUCAAGUCCAACUCCCUUACCACAGAAGCCAACUGCAAGGUCAACUACUAAUGCCAAUGUAACGGCAAAUACCACAUCUAGAAAUACAAGCGGGUUAAACACGGGAGGAGCUGUGGCAAUUGGAAUUGCAGUUGGAUUUCUGGUGCUCAGUCUUGUUGUUAUGGCGGUUUGGUUUGCAAAGAAGCACAAGAAAAGAACUAGAUCAAAUCUUCGUUACACCAUGCCUUCCCCCCUCGCUUCAUCCCAGAAUUCAGAUUCAGUAUUUCUGAAGCCACAUUCUCCACCUCGCCUUGUAGGAAAUGGUUCUGGUAGUGAUUUCAUGUAUGCACAAUCAGAUCCUGGUGGAGUAAACAAUUCAAGAUCAUGGUUUACAUAUGAAGAACUACUCCAAGCCACAAAUGGUUUUUCGACAAAGAAUCUUUUGGGCGAAGGUGGAUUUGGUUGCGUAUACAAAGGUGUUCUGGAAGAUGAAAGGGAAGUUGCUGUAAAACAGCUAAAAAUUGGUGGUGGACAAGGGGAACGUGAGUUUAAAGCUGAAGUUGAAAUUAUUAGUCGUGUACACCAUCGCCAUUUGGUUUCCCUGGUUGGUUACUGUAUAUCUGAGCAUCAAAGAUUGCUUGUCUAUGACUUCGUUCCAAACGAUACCCUACAUUACCAUCUUCAUGGCGAGGGCAUGCCGGUUCUGGAUUGGGCAACCAGAGUCAAGGUUGCUGCUGGUGCGGCUCGUGGAAUAGCUUACUUACACGAAGAUUGUCAUCCCCGCAUUAUUCACAGAGAUAUUAAGUCAUCAAACAUCCUUUUGGAUAGCAACUUUGAAGCUCAGGUUGCAGAUUUUGGGCUUGCAAAGCUAUCAUUGGAUUCAAAUACGCAUGUAACCACAAGAGUAAUGGGAACAUUUGGAUACAUGGCUCCAGAAUAUGCAACAAGUGGAAAGUUGACGGACAAGUCUGAUGUUUACUCUUAUGGUGUUGUGCUAUUGGAGCUAAUUACAGGCCGCAAACCCGUGGAUUCUUCUCAGCCGUUGGGUGAUGAGAGCCUAGUUGAAUGGGCUCGGCCUUUGCUUUCUCAAGCACUUGAGAAUGAAGACUUUAAAGGGUUGGCAGAUCCAAGGCUGGAAAAGAAUUAUGUUGAGAAUGAAAUGUUUCGAAUGAUUGAGGCGGCUUCAGCUUGUGUGCGUCAUUAAGCUGCGAAAAGGCCAUGGAUGAGACAGGUGGUAAGGGCUUUUGACUCCUUAGAUGAAUUAUCAGAUCUCAGUAACGGAAUGAAACCUGGACAAAGUGAAAUUUUUGAUUCCGCACAACAAUCUGCA